AUGAUCGAAAACGACAAGUACGGCAAUGGCCCUGAAUCCGACUCCGAUUCUGGCGCUGGCUCUGAUUGCCAUGAAGACAACACGGUUCAGCCAUUAAAAUCUUCCCUUAAAAGUGUAACAAUACAAGCACCGAUAGUAAAGACUAUUUUGCCACCACAGACAGAACCCAAGGAUCUCGACGUAAAGUCACUCACUCCUCUUACUCCUGAAAUCAUAGCAAGGCAAGCUACGAUUAAUAUCGGGACUAUUGGACACGUGGCACAUGGAAAAUCAACCGUAGUUAAAGCCAUAUCAGGAGUGCAGACUGUCCGAUUCAAGAAUGAAUUAGAGCGUAAUAUUACCAUUAAACUUGGCUAUGCUAAUGCAAAAAUAUUCAAGUGCGAUAACGAGGAAUGUCCAAGGCCAGGAUGCUUUAGAAGCUAUAAGAGUGACAAAGAAGUUGAUCCUCCUUGCGAGAGAGAUGGCUGCUCUGGUACAUACAGACUGCUCAGACAUGUCUCCUUUGUUGAUUGUCCUGGUCACGAUAUUCUUAUGAGUACUAUGUUAUCUGGUGCUGCAGUGAUGGAUGCUGCGCUACUUUUGAUCGCUGGAAACGAAACUUGUCCACAACCACAAACUUCUGAGCAUCUUGCAGCCAUCGAAAUUAUGAAACUUGAUAAAAUUAUUAUACUUCAAAAUAAAGUCGAUUUAAUGCGGGAAGAAGCGGCGAAGGAACAUUUCGGCUCUAUCAACAAGUUUAUUCGCGGGACUGUUGCAGGAGGAGCACCCAUAAUACCUAUUUCGGCCCAGCUGAAGUUUAAUAUUGAUGCUGUUAACGAAGCUAUCGUGAAUACUAUUCCUGUGCCACUUCGGGAUUUUUCGAUGGACCCUCAGAUGAUUGUCAUUAGGUCCUUUGAUGUUAAUAAACCGGGUGCAGAGAUUGAAGAGCUUAAGGGUGGUGUCGCAGGUGGCAGCAUUUUACAUGGUGUUAUCAAACUUGGUGAUGAGAUAGAAAUAAGGCCUGGAAUUGUAACGCGUGACGAAAAAGGAGCCAUAAAGUGUACGCCUAUCUUCAGUCGGAUCGUGACGCUAAAUUCAGAAAAUAAUGAGCUCAAAUAUGCUGUUCCUGGUGGCCUCAUUGGUGUAGGCACUCGCAUCGACCCUACUCUAUGCCGAGCCGAUCGCCUGGUCGGUUUUGUUCUUGGAUUAAAGGGUCGCCUCCCAGAUAUUUACAUUGAAAUCGAAGUCAACUACUAUCUCCUGCGUCGUCUCUUAGGGGUCAAGACUGCAGACGGUAAACAAGCCAAAGUGGCCAAGCUAGCAAAGAACGAGGUUCUCAUGGUUAACAUUGGGUCAACGGCAACAGGGGCAAAAGUAGUUGCAGUUAAACAGGACGCAGCUAAGCUAGUAUUGACUAGUCCUGCUUGUACAAAUGUCGGGGAAAAAGUUGCACUUAGUCGUCGUAUAGAAAAGCACUGGAGAUUAAUAGGCUGGGCUACGAUUGCCAAUGGGUCUACUAUUUCUCCAAGCAUUACAUAG